GGAAGGAGGGGCUGUGCCGCGUCCAGGAGCAGGGGCCUCCGGAUGGAGAGCCGUCCUCCCCGCUCUGCGGGCCUCCGGAGCUGGCCCGGCUGCCUGUGGGCCUCAGGGCUGCCGGGCUGGCUCCUCGCGUCCUGGGCUCUGCAGCUGGCAGGAGGACAGUCCAUCACCCACGCGGGCCUGCCCAUUGUCGUCUCCCUCGCCAACAGAACCGCCUCCUUCAGCUGCACAAUCACCUACCAGUACACCCCGCAACUCAGACAUUUCCACGUGACUUAUUUUCAAGUGGAUCUUGAGGGCAGGAAAAGCAAGGAGUCGCCCACUGGCUGCCAACCCAGUGAGGGCAUCGAGAACCGGACCUACACCUUGGAUUGUCAGGUCACUCCUCCGUUGCCUAACGCCUUGGCCACAGGUACCUAUUACUGUUGCAGCCACUGGCCGAGCUUCACCGCGUGCGGCAAUGGUACCUUCAUCCUGGUGAGAGACACGGGGUACCAAGAGCCCCCACCCAGCCCCCAGAAGGCCCUCCUCUUCAGCUUUACGGGGCUCCUGGCCACUCUGAGUGUGCUGCUCACAGCCCUGCUGCUGUGGAAGAAGAAGCAGAUGCUGGUUUCUCUGAAGCGCUCCACUCACGCGCGCCCAGACCCACGACCCACCAGCAGACCCACCAGCAGACCCACGCAGCCCCCAGAAGACUCUCUCUACACGGCCCUACAGCGCCGAGAGACUGAGGUCUACUCCUACAUUGAGAGCAAGGCUGGCAGCCUGCCCUCCGCCGCCAGAAGUCCCCCCUCCCAGAAGAAGCUACGUAGACAAGAAGACAAGAGUGAAUUUAACGUGGUCUAUGAAAAUCUCUAGGCGGGGCUCCACCAGCCUCUGAACUUGUGCUGACUCAGAGACUCUCAAGCCCCAGUGAUCCUAGCCAGUGUAGACCCUCCCCCCCUCCCCUCCCCCAAUCACCUUACCCUGCCUUGGUCUGCCUCCCUGGCUCCGGUCUGUGCCCCGUUCUGUGCCUUGUCCAGGUGUUCCCUCUGCCAGGCCGGCACUUUCUGCCCUGGCCUAGUCAGCAAAGCGCCCCUCAGUCUUUAAGAAUUUGCUUGGCUGGCCAGGUGCUGGUGGCUCACGCCUAUCAUCCUAGCUAUUCGGGAGGCUGAGAUCUGAGAAUC